AUGAGAUCGCGAACACUGGCCAUCGUGCUGGCGUUCAUCGCCGCCAUAGGCACCAGCAUUGCCGCUCCUCCCAACUCUGGCUACUUCACAUCAGCUGACGAUGUUUAUGCGCGCAACAACGAUGCCCAUUCUUAUACUGGUCCCUACACUACCGGUGGAGCCGCCUGGGCCAACGGCUUUGCCAAGGCCAAGUCGCUGUUGGACCAAAUGACCAUUGAAGAAAAGGUCAACGUUACCACAGGAUACACAGGCAAGUGCGUGGGCUUCACAGGCACCGCUCCUCGCGUUGGUCUCGGUGCACUUUGCCUUCAAGAUGGUCCUGCUGGUGUUCGGCCUGCUCGUCGCGUGUCGCAGUUCCCCGCUGGUGUGACAACGGCUGCUACCUGGGACAGGGAUCUGAUCGCACAGCGAGCAGAGGCGCUUGCAAGAGAAUUUCGAGGCAAAGGCGUCAAUAUCUGGCUGGGCCCUGUCACUGGUGGGCCCCUCGGUCGUGCUCCGCGUGGUGGCAGAAACUGGGAGGGAUGGUCACCAGAUGAAUACCUUUCUGGCGUGGCAUCGUAUCUUAGCGUCAAGCACGCUCAAGAGCAAGGUGUUGUCACGUGUGCAAAGCACUACAUUGCCUACGAACAGGAGACCUUCCGGAAUCCGUACAACCAGACCGAACCUUCCAGCGUGUUCCCGCGUCUGGAGCAGAUGCCCAUCGAUUCGAUCGUUGACGAUCGCACCACGCACGAGCUGUACCUCUGGUCGUUCGCCGAAGCAGUGCGUGCCGGAACAGGCACCAUCAUGUGCUCGUACAACGAGGUCAACGGGUCCCAUGCAUGUAGCGACAACUUUUCGCUCAACUACCUGCUGAAGGAGGAACUCAACUUCCAGGGUGCCGUCAUCUCGGACUGGGGAGGAACAUGGUCCAACCGAGAAUCGGCUUUGGGCGGGCUGGACGUGUCCAUGCCCGGAACGGCUUACAACGGCAGGUUUGGCGAUUUCUACGGCAAGUCCUUGGUUGCUCUCGUCCAGAACGGUUCCGUGCCCGAGGCUAGGCUGGACGACAUGGCUUUGCGUAUCCUUACACCGGCGUUUGAACUGCAGGAUGACUCGUAUCCUCAACCUUCCUUCGACGUUCGUGACCUGACACUGCCGACCAACAAUGUUCGCGGCGACCAUCACAAGGUCAUCCACCAGAUUGGCCUCGAUUCCAUCACGCUGGUCAAGAACAACAACAAAGAAGGACGAGGUCUGCCGCUCAAGAGCCUUGAGCAGAUGCAGACGCUCGCCGUGAUCGGUCAAGACGCAGGCGACAAUCUGGCAGGGGCUACGAGCUGUGCGAAUGAUGGCAAGUGCAACAUCAACGCCUUCAACGGUACAUUGACGAUGGGUGGUGGAUCAGGAUGGGCAUACCCUCCUUACGUUAUCACGCCAGCAGCAGCGAUCCAGGAAUACACGCGGACCAACGGUCCAGAUAUCAAUCUGCAUCUGGACAAUUGGGACCUGCAAGGUGCCAAAGCGCGGGCCAACUCGAGCGAGGCCGCUCUCGUAUUUGCCAACGCGUAUGCUGCCGAGUUUAUCGACCGUCAGAACCUCACGCUUUGGGCCAACGCGGAUCAUCUGAUCGAUACGGUUGCCAGCAACAACAACAACACGAUUGUCAUCAUCCACAGCCCUGGUCAAGUUGAUGUUGAGAGUUGGAUCGACCACCCCAAUGUGACUGCCGUUGUAUUUGCCUACCUGCCCGGUCAGGAAGGCGGUGCGACGCUUCCCAAGGUGCUGUGGGGCGAGUCAAGUCCCAGUGGCAAGCUGCCUUUUACCAUUGCAAAGGCGGAAAGCGAUUAUCCUCCCAACACGAUUGUCGACGAUCCAAUUUCCCACCCGACGGCGGUGUUCAACGAAAAGCUGCUCGUCGACUACAAGUGGUUUGACUACCACAACAUCACACCUCGUUUUGCGUUCGGCCAUGGACUCUCGUACACCUCGUUCAGCUACUCAAGCAACCUCGCUGUGCGCUCUACGCCGUCAAAGGACGCAACGUCAAUUCAACCCACCAAGGAGAAGCUCAUCAACAGCAAUGCUGGCCUCUACGACACAGUUCUCACUCUUGAGACCGAAAUCACAAACACUGGCAACAGAACAGCUUCAGAGGUCGCACAGCUGUAUGUGAGCUUCCCUUCUUCAGCCGACUCCCACGACAACCCUCAACCAGUCAAGACCCUGCGUGGAUUUGAGAAGGCCAAAGACGUCAAGCCGGGCGAAACGAGAAAGAUUAGCUUCGAGCUGAGGAACAAGGAUGUUUCGGUAUGGUCGACGCUCCAUCAAGGUUGGAAGAUUCCGGAGGGAGGUGAAUUGACAUUCAGCGUUGGGUCCAGCAGCAGAGAGAUUCACUCAUCUACCACCUGGACGUAUCAGAGUUGA